AGUAUCCUCGUUGCGUUUAACUAUUACCUUGAGCCCACUCCUUUAAACUUCACUAUGAGAGUUGUUUCGGAAUUGAUCUUAGUAGCUUGUGCUCUCUCCAUGGCAGUGACUGCUAGCCCGGCCCGUCGUCAAAUAAUAUCCGAGAGCAUGAUGAUGAGUGAAGAGAGCGCUGGACUGACCGACGAAGUGAGUGCCGCUGUCGCCGAAGAAACUAGAGAUUUGAUGGCUGAGUCCGGUAUUAUUGAGGCAGAAGAAGAAAUUGUCUGUUUACCAGACGAUACUUGUCCCGUUGGUUACAGCAAAAUAUCCAAUGCCGCGGAUUUGCUAUCUAUUCCCCCUGUUGGACCUUUCGAAGAACAGCCCGACGAAGAUGGUAUACCACUACCAGCAAAUCCAUCUGCCCCAGAUGCUAUUGCGUGCCAACAGGGUAAUAUUUCAUGCCCCAGUAGUAUGUUAGAGAUCGAAGGCUUAUCAACGUGCUGUCCAACUGGUUUCUAUAUCGGUAACAUAGAGGCAACCGGGCCAACCGUCUUUGGCCGGCGAAGUGUAUCCCGUAGGAGCACUUGCGAGUGCCUUCCUGGUACACAGCCGGUUCGCAGACAGACACUUGACGAUGUUGCACCUAUAUUUAACGACGUUGAUGUUUUGUUCUCAGAGACCGCUGAAAUGGCAACAUCUUUACCUGUUGUCCCAGAAGAUCUAAAUACAUGCAUGUGCAAACGGGAUAGGGAAGAUGUUGAUGAAAGUGCAGAGUCUGCGCCCACUGGAGAGAUGUCUGGUGCUAUAGAAAGUGGUGCUGAGGGUGGGAUGAUGCCCUGUUUGGUGAACGAUGACUGCGCUGACAGUAACGCGAUGGGUGACGAGAUGGGUUGCUGUCCUGAUGAGUUUGAAAUGGUUGAGCCAAUGUUUAGUGACGAAGAAUGUAUGUGUGCACCACUCGCCAUUUAGCUUGAUACACAAACAUGCAUUAAAUAAUUAGAUCAUG